UAAUUUUGUGAAAUUCCAAAGCAAAACAAACCCCAGUUUGGGGAGUAGUUGGAGGUGAAGAGUUGGGAGAUGGUAUUCUCAUCCAACCCCUUAUCCCUCAGUCUUCCCGAACCCGCCUUUGAGUCAUGGCUCCGCGACUCCGGCUACCUCGAAAUACUCGACCACUGCACUGCCACCACAACCACCACCACCACCACUACCACCAACUCUGAUGACCCCUCCUCCACCACCUCAACCACUACCUCCAUCACCAGCUGCAUUUUAUCCCAUAUUGUCACCUUGCUCUCCCUCUUCACCCUCAACCCCUUCUCCAAACUCACCGCCGAUGACUUCUCCGACCAAACCCCGUCCUGGACUCAUAGGUUUUUUGGGUUCUGCGACUCCUAUUCCUUCCCUUCCUCGCCAGCUCAGGCAAGGCUGAGAGUCCACGAGAAUGUCAAGCGCUAUUGCAGGAACUAUGCCACCUUGUUCAUAAUCUUCUUCGCAUGCACUCUGUAUCAAAUGCCCCUUGCUCUUGUUGGAUUGAUAUCUUGUUUGGCAUUAUGGGAUGUUUUCAAGUUUUGUGCUGAUAAAUGGGGAUUAGAUCACCACCCAGUAGUUCGACAGUGUUUGGUUCGCAUUGCACAAUGUGUGACUGCUGUUAUUCUGAUAUAUUCAAAUGUUCAGAUGGCUAUGUUCUGUGCACUAGGCAUCAGUUAUGCAGGCAUGCUUUUUCAUGCUGCAUUCCGGAAGCUGGCUCCUGCAAAGCAACCAUCUCGUGGGAGAAGUAAGUAAUAGGUUUGGGCAAAAUAAGCAUAAUCAUGCUUAGCUAUACUCUGAGGCCUGUUUACUGCAAGAGAUCAACGUCUCUGACCUGACUUUGAUACAGAAGAUGGUGCUCGUCAUGUAGAUAAUAGAUAAUCAAAUUCAUGUUGAUUUUUGGUUCUUCGUUAUAACCUCACUUGCCAUAUGUGAAAUCCUAAGUUGUAUUAAAUCCUCUGAUCAAACAAUUUGAUGGCUUUGACCUAGUCAAUAUGUCAAAGUGGAGGCUUGUUAUUUGCUUUAGCCUUGGGCAUUUGUUUAUGAAUUGUAUAAUGGAAUUGUAGUUAUACCAGUCAUUUUCUAGGUGUGAUUAUACAAGGUCUAAAACUUCAUUUUUA